GCUUCUCCAAGGAAGAACGAUUAGCUGGAGAACAUGAUUGAUGCAGCGAAUGGCCUCUAUCACUCAAGUCGUUUACCCGGUAACCAUUUGCCAGUGACGAAUUCGAUUUCAUUUUAUGGUGAAGAAAUCGGCAGCGGCGCACUUUUCUGUCAAGUUCGAAGAUCUUUUUCGUGCAUGCGGACUGUCUUCUCAACUAUUCGAUGAAUCAUCGUGCCGUCGUGCCUUUUCUGUUGUUUCUAUUUCUUCUUGCAUUUGUCUCAGCAGCGCUUCUCGACGCAUUACGCUAUGCCCAUUGUGAGUCGCCGUCCUCGUUCUCACAACUAUAUUUCCCUCUUUUCCUCGUUAACAACGUAUUUGUUACGCUAGCCGCACUUGUAUUCUGGAUUCUUUCCGAAAGAAAAGCGCCGAUGACUGUAAAUCGUCGUUUAGCAACGAGCUGGAUCACGGACAGUAGUGUCAACAGUCAUCGUUCGGAAACUAGGAAGGAGGCCGCUCAUUCGUUCUACGACAACGUCCUCCCGUGGGAAUAUGUUAAAAAUCUAAAAGCAGAAUAUGUAUGAUUCAAGAUGAUUCUAUUGAACUAAUGUACCUAAUGUACUUUACUAUUUCUUUCUCCAAUGAAGUAUCCGAGAAUAUUUAUCGUAACUCAAGCUAUCCCUAAAAACUGCAUUCCUUCAUAGAACAAUCGAGAAAAUGCAUGCUCCUUGCUUGUUACCAAUAUUUUCUUCAAAUCUAGCC